AUGGUUGCGGCUAGGAAGACGGAGCAAGGAUUCCAGGAGGAGAAAGAGGCUAUAGUCAAACCCAAAGUCGCUAUAGGCCUGCUCAUGCGAGGGUUCACAAAGUCAACCCAACGAUACCCCUGUGGGGUAUUGCAUAAGGAAAGAUUUUUGUACGGCGCACCAAUCGCUCGCUCAAUCAUCAAAGCUCACUGUUGA